GAAUUCAGCUUCUAGUGUUGGGUUGCUGGUCGUUUUGCUUCGUCCCAAACAUGGCGGCGAUUUCCCACGCCUCCCAAGCAGCUGCUCUUAGACUUCGGUCAGAGUCUCCUAGCGUAAGCUGCAGCAGCGGCGGGUCAUCUUGCCGUCAGAGACCAUCUGGCGCCGCGUUCAGUCGCCCGUUUCAAGUGACGACACGUCAGCAAGCAUGCAGCAGCAGACGGCAAGCGGCGCUCGUGCAUACAGCAACCGUCGCCACCGAUCUGAAGCAGGUGAUUCAGCAGCUGAUAGAGCGCAAGGACCUGACACAGGAGCAGGCGCAGGCCGCCAUGGAGGGUCUGAUCGCCGGAGCAGAGGCAGCGCAGAUCGGCGCCUUCCUGGUGCUGCUGCGCGCCAAGGGGGAGACGCCAGAGGAGGUGGCGGGGCUGGCAGCGGCAAUGAGGAGCAUGUGUGUGGAGGUGGCGGCAGGGGACGACACGCUGGACAUCGUGGGCACGGGGGGUGAUGGCUUCGAUACAGUCAACAUCAGCACUGGCGCAUGUGUGCUCGCUGCAGCAUGCGGGGCACAUGUGGCAAAGCACGGCAACCGCUCUGUGUCCAGCGCGUGUGGCAGUGCGGACGUGCUGGAGGCCCUCAAUGUGGAGGUGGACCUCGGCCCCGAGGCAGUGGCGCGGUGCGUGCAGGAGGCAGGCGUGGGGUUCAUGUACGCGCCUCGCUUCCACCCCGCCAUGCGCAUCGUGGCCCCCGUGCGCAAGGCCCUCAAAGUCAGAACCGCAUUCAACCUCCUCGGACCCAUGCUCAACCCCUCCUUCGCUCCAUAUGCCCUUGUUGGGGUCUUCAACCCCGAGACCGUAGACCUCAUGGCUCGCUCUCUCCAGCGCCUGGGCAUCCGCAGAGCGCUGGUCGUGCACUCCAAGGGGCUCGAUGAAAUCUCCCCCAUGGGCCCAGCGGACAUGCUUGAAGUCACCCCGGACUCGGUGCGCCCUUUCCGCGUUGACCCAUUGGACUACGGCAUAGCUCGUUGCACUAUAGAGGACUUGAAGGGGGGAGACAGGGCUCUCAACGCACGGCUGCUCAGAGAGGCGUUCGGAGGGCAGCAGGGGGCGAUAGCUGAUGCGCUGGUCUUGAACGCGGGCACGGGGCUGGCAGCGUGUGGGGUGGCCAAGGACGUGGGCGAGGGCAUAGCCAUGGCUCAGGAGGCGCAGCGCAGCGGCAAGGCCGUCCACGUGCUCGACAAAUGGGCUGCUCUGUCUCAAGAGCUGAAGAAGGCUGAGCAAUUAGCAGUUGCAUGAAGUCUUGUGCGACGACGUCAAAGGACUUGUACCAGUUGCACAUGCACUAGUCCCACAUUACAGCCGUCUUCAUGUUAUUGAAGGCAAUACACGUUGCCCACAAUUUAGGCGGCGUUAGCUUAUGUGCACAAAGCAUUAUGAGAUAUUAUUAUCCUUGGUGAGCGUAUAAAGUGUCAACAUAUGUUAGUCUAUGGAUAUUACAUUGGUCGUUCUGUUUCCGUCAAGGUCGUCAACUUCAUUUGGCUGUCGUCGUCAGCAGCCAGAUGCCAGCUCAUCCACAUGGAGUUACCGUAAUCCCACGUAUAUAAUACCCUA